CACAGGGCCUGUAGAGAGGGGACCUGGCGGGCAGGAUGCACUGGCUCCCAGCAGGCCACGACAUCAAUGGCGCCCUGGAGCCCUCCAACAUCGACACCAGYAUCCUGGAGGAGUACAUCGGCAAGGAGGACGCCUCGGACCUCUGCUUCCCCGACAUCUCCGCUCCAGCCAGCGCGGCCUCCUUCCCCCACGGGCAGCCUGCAGUCCCUGGCUCCAGUGGGGUCCACCACCUGAVCUCCCCUGGGGGUGGACCCUCCCCCGUGCGCCACGGUCCCCUCCCGCCCCCGAGCUACAGUGCCCCACUCAACUGCAACAACAACAACGGCAUGGGCGCCGCCCCGAAGCCUUUCCUGGGGGGCUCGGGGCCCCCCAUCAAGGCAGAGCCCAAGGCUCCCUAUGCCCCAGGCACCCUGCCGGACUCGCCCCCAGACUCGGGCUCCGAGGCCUACUCCCCGCAGCAGGUGAACGACCCCCAUCUCCUACGCACAAUAACCCCUGAGACGCUGUGCCACGUGGGGGUGCCUUCCCGCCUGGAGCACCCGCCCCCACCUCCAGCCCACCUGCCAGGCCCCCCGCCGCCCCCGCCGCCCCCACCUCACUACCCUGUCCUGCAGCGGGACCUGUACAUGAAGGCCGAGCCCCCAGUCCCGCCGUAUGCUGCCAUGGGGCCGGGUCUGGUGCCUGCGGAUCUCCACCACACCCAGCAGUCCCAGAUGCUGCAGCACCUGCUGCAGCAGCACGGAGCUGAGCUCCCCACACACCCCUCCAAGAAGAGGAAGCACUCAGAUUCGCCCCCCAACACCCUCAAUGCCCAGAUGCUGAAUGGGAUGAUCAAACAGGAGCCUGGGACCGUGACAGCGCUGCCCCCACACCCUGCGCGAGCCCCUUCCCCACCCUGGCCUCCCCAGGGCCCACUCUCACCGGGCCCCGGCUCCUUGCCRCUCAGCAUUGCCCGGGUCCAGACACCACCGUGGCACCCUCCAGGUGCACCCUCACCAGGUCUCCUGCAGGACAAUGAUAGUCUCAGUGGCUCCUACCUGGACCCCAACUACCAGUCCAUCAAGUGGCAGCCCCAUCAGCAGAACAAGUGGGCCACACUGUACGAUGCCAACUACAAGGAGCUGCCUAUGCUCACCUACCGUGUGGACGCUGACAAGGGCUUCAACUUUUCGGUGGGGGACGACGCCUUCGUGUGCCAGAAGAAGAACCACUUCCAGGUGACGGUGUACAUCGGCAUGCUGGGGGAGCCCAAGUACGUCAAGACGCCCGAGGGCCUCAAGCCCCUCGACUGCUUCUACCUGAAGCUGCAUGGAGUGAAGUUGGAAGCCCUGAACCAGUCUAUCAACAUUGAACAGUCUCAGUCAGACCGAAGCAAGCGGCCCUUCAACCCUGUCACGGUCAAUCUGCCUCCUGAGCAGGUCACAAAGGUGACUGUGGGACGGCUGCACUUCAGUGAGACCACUGCCAACAACAUGCGCAAGAAGGGCAAGCCCAACCCUGACCAGAGGUACUUCAUGCUGGUGGUGGCCCUUCAGGCUCAUGCACAGAACCAGAACUACACGCUGGCUGCCCAGAUCUCAGAGCGCAUCAUCGUGAGGGCCUCCAACCCAGGUCAGUUUGAGAGCGACAGUGAUGUGCUGUGGCAGCGGGCGCAGGUGCCCGACACUGUCUUCCACCAUGGUCGUGUGGGCAUCAACACCGACAGGCCUGACGAGGCUCUGGUUGUGCAUGGCAACGUCAAGGUCAUGGGCUCCCUCAUGCACCCCUCGGACUUGCGGGCCAAGGAGCAAGUGCAGGAGGUGGACACCACCGAGCAGCUGAAGAGGAUCUCGCGCAUGCGGCUGGUGCACUACAGAUACAAGCCCGAGUUCGCGGCCAGCGCGGGCAUCGAGGCCACCACGCCAGAGACGGGUGUCAUCGCUCAGGAGGUGAAGGAGAUCCUGCCCGAGGCUGUGAAGGACACGGGGGAUGUGGUCUUUGCCAACGGGAAAACCAUAGAGAACUUCCUGGUGGUGAACAAGGAGCGCAUCUUCAUGGAGAACGUGGGGGCYGUGAAGGAGCUCUGCAAGCUGACGGACAACCUGGAGACGCGAAUCGAUGAGCUGGAGCGCUGGAGCCACAAGCUGGCCAAACUGCGGCGCCUCGACAGCCUCAAGUCCACUGGCAGCUCGGGGGCCUUCAGCCACGCAGGGAGCCARUUUAGCCGGGCAGGCAGCGUUCCUCACAAGAAGAGGCCCCCCAAGGUGGCCAGCAAGUCGUCAUCAGUGGUGCCAGACCAGGCCUGCAUCAGCCAGCGCUUCCUGCAGGGAACUAUCAUUGCCCUGGUGGUGGUCAUGGCCUUCAGCGUGGUGUCCAUGUCCACACUGUAUGUGCUGAGCCUGCGCACCGAGGAAGACCUGGUGGAUACUGAUGGCAGGUCCAGCCAGAGUUUUGGAACCACUCAGCUCCGACAGUCCCCUGUGACCACUGGGUUGCCAGGCACACAGCCCUCUUURCUGCUGGUUACGACCAGCCUGAUCAGCUCRGCCCCAGGUCCAGCUAUCCGCACGUUGGACCUGUGCUCCAGCCACCCCUGCCCUGUCGUCUGCUGCUCUUCACCCGCCUCCAGCCCUGCCUCGGACCCUAGUCUUGACUCCAGUUUUAACCCUGGCCAUAGUCCCACCCCCAGAYCUAGCCCCAGUCCCAGCACUAACCACUCAGGCCCCAGCCAGAUGGCCCAGCUGCCAGUCACCAACAUCAGAGCCAAGUCUUGGAGUAUUUCAGCCAAUGGCAUUGGCCACUCCAAACAUUCCAAGGGCAUGGAACCUGUGGCCAGCCCUGCAGUUCCCUUCCCUGGGGGGCAGAGUAAGGCCAAGAACAGCCCCAGUCUUGGACUCCAUGGCCGGGCCCGCAGAGGAGCCCCCCAGACCAGCCUGGGCCCUGCUCAGCCCACUCACAGCCAGCCAGACCCAGUGCCYUCCCUGACCUCCAUCCAGGUGCUGGAGAACUCGAUGUCCAUCACCUCCCAGUACUGCGCUCCACAGGGUGCCUGCAGGCCUGGAAACUUCACCUACCACAUUCCUGUCAGUAGCAGUACCCCACUCCACCUCAGCCUGACCCUGCAGAUGAACUCCUCUUCCCCUGUGUCGGUGGUGCUGUGCAGCCUGAUGACAAAGGAAAAGCCAUGUGAGGAGGGGUCACUCCCGCAKAUUCUCCCUACCCAUCAGGACACCCAGGGCACCUCUCACCAGUGGCCCGUAACCAUACUGUCCUUCCGUGAAUUCACCUACCAUUUCCGGGUGGCACUGCUGGGUCAGGCCAACUGCAGCUCGGAGGCCCUCAUCCAGCCAGCCACAGACUACUACUUCCACUUCUACCGCCUGUGUGACUGAGCUGCCUCCUGGGGCAGUGCCACACCAGGGAUUUGGGGUCCUUAGACCCCUUCCACACUGGGUGCAACGAAUGGUGUUCCACCAUUGGAGCCUGCUGCCUCCCAGCUCUCUGCCAAUUCACUGGCCUCCCUGAGCCUGGGGAAACUGGAAGUCUUCGCACUGGAGCUGCUGUUCCUACUGGUCACCCUCACGUGGCAUGGAGGGAGCCGGGGACAAGACUUCCUGGGCGUUCCUGCCUACCACCUCCUGGUGGCAGGAUCCACAUUUGUCCAGAUGUGGUUCAGAUACAGAGGCUGGUUUCAGGGGCCCUGCCUUGCCCAGAGCCCACUCUCCCCUGCCCCUCCCUUUUGAGACAGGGAGUUGCUGCUCUUGGAGACAGCUGUCAGGGGCUUGGAUCCAGCCCUUCAAGAUCUGACUGGACCCCAGGAGUCAAUAGGACAGACGGAUCUCCCCCUUGAUGCUGCUCCCUGGGGGAUAGCUUUGUAGUGGACUUUUUGGGGUAUGACUGUUACACUGGACUUGGACUUCUAAGCUUUAAGUGUAGCCCAGGAGGUAUUUCUUCCUGGGAGAGCUUGGCUGCCGAGAACUUCCUGGGCAGCUGAGGCCAGCCCUGGAUGGGCUGGAGAGACUUGAUUUUGUGCCUUAAAUCUACUGAGUGCCUGAGGAAGCCACCCUCAGCCCUCCACAGUCUAAACCACUGGGGGCCAGCAGGCCAGAUAAACCUGGAGUAUCUGGAAGGGGAGGUUCCCUGUGAACCCYCACACCCUGUGAUCCCGGGAACUUACACCGUGGUGUCAGUGACUCCAUCCUCCCCCCCCCACACACACCCCAGCAGAGGAGCAGGAAUCCCUGCAAGCAUUGGGCUGGUGGGCAGAUGCAAAUAACUUUGGCUGUUAUUAAUGAAAUAAUUACUAAAUGCACUUAAGCCAGGCCAGGAAGGAGUGGAAGGACGGAGCUAGAAAGUUCAGAGUGGGCCAGAGCCCUGGAGUGACACUUGCAAAGAAAGAGGGGUCCUGAUUCUGAUCCUUCCCAGGAGGCUCAGAGACACCCACCCCACUUCCAACCACCAAAWUUUGGCUUCUC